AUGAGUACAGACCCUUACAUCGUCGAGCCUACUAGGCCUCACACCCACAGUCUAAUUCUUCUCCAUGGGCUUGGCUCAAACGGCGAGAAGUUUGGUCGCGAACUGAUUGAAACGGGCAUUUCCUCUGAUGGCAAAUCGUUGCCCGUCCUUCUGCCUGGCGGGAAGUUCAUCUUUCCAACUUCACAGACAGGUCGCUCAAGCGUCUUCCGCCGGGUGAGAGUGACCCAGUGGUUCAACGUUGCUUCACUGGACGGCCCUUAUUAUCGCAACGAAACUCAACUCAACGGUAUGGAAGAGUCAUUACGCGAAAUCUUUCGUCUCAUCAACCAGGAACGUGAAAGAGUACCGGACAAGAACAUCAUUUUGGGCGGAAUCAGCCAAGGGUGCGCUAUCGGAUUUAUGUGCCUGCUUGCAAUGGAAUAUUCUCUCGGGGGAUAUAUCGGAAUUAGCAGCUGGCUUCCCUUUGCUGCUGAAUUCGAAGGCUUGACUAACGCCUCUGACGACGCAUCCUUUUCUGGCGAGGAUGACAAUCCUUUUGCUGCUUCUGACGACGAAGAUGACCAAGGCAACACAAACGCCCAGGUCCAUGGCUACGCCAGAGAACUAUUACUUAUGGAAACGGAGGACUCAUCGAACCCCAGCUCACUAUCAACACCUGUAUUUAUCGGCCACGGAAAAGCAGACGAGAAGGUCAAGCCUGAACUUGGUGAAGGAGCGUGCCGUAUCUUACGUUCAGUCGGGUAUGAUGUACAAUGGAAAGGCUAUGCCGGACUGGGUCAUUGGUACAAGGUUCCGGAUGAGAUUGAUGAUAUCUUGGAUUUCAUUAGAGAGAAGGUGGGAUGGUUAUUGUAG